AAAAUAUAUAUUUUUUUAACUCAGCUAUAGAGCCAUGAAUCCUGAUAUUAUGAAAGAGCGGCAAAAUGCCACUUUUGACGUCGAGAAACUGACGUACAUUUUGGACGGGGGCCCAGAAAAGACCAAAAGAAGGCGAGAAAUUGAGUCAAUGGUUCUCAAUGACCCGGACUUUCAGGAGGAGGACCCAAACUUCCUGUCCCGCAGUGAGCGCUAUGACCAGGCUGUUAGAAAAAGUGCUCAAAUGAUCCUGAAGCUCAGAGAGUAUGGCAUUGCAGACCCAGAGGAGAUCUACUGCUACAAGAAUAUGGUUAGAGGCAACCAUCAUGAGGCCAUGGGGCUACACUUUGUCAUGUUCCUCCCAACCCUGUACAGCCAGUGCAACCCUCAGCAGGCCAGGAAAUGGUUACCUGUGGCAGAGUCCUUCCAGGUUGUGGGCACGUAUGCCCAAACUGAGAUGGGUCACGGCACUCACCUCAGAGGGCUGGAGACCACAGCCACAUAUGAUCCAGCCACUCAGGAGUUUGUCUUGAACAGCCCCACAAUCAGCUCCAUCAAGUGGUGGCCUGGAGGACUUGGAAAGACCUCAAACCAUGCCGUAGUUCUAGCCCAGCUUUACACUCAGGGAAACUGCCACGGUCUGCAUGCUUUCAUCGUACCCAUCCGCGACAUGAACACACAUGUACCCCUACCAGGUAUUGUAGUUGGAGAUAUUGGCCCCAAGUUUGGCUUUAGUGAAGUUGACAACGGCUUCCUGAAACUAGAGAACGUUCGAAUCCCACGGGAGAACAUGCUGAUGAAAUACGCCAAGGUGGAGCCAGAUGGAACCUAUGUGAAACCACCAAGUGCCAAGCUGACCUAUGGCACCAUGGUGUUCAUCCGCUCCAUGAUCGUAGGCGAGUCAGCUCGAGCCCUCGCCAAAUCCUGCACCAUCGCCAUCCGAUACAGUUCUGUUCGUCACCAGUCCGAAAUCCGGCCAGGAGAGCCAGAGCCCCAGAUCCUCGACUACCAGACGCAGCAGUACAAGCUGUUCCCUCUGCUAGCUAUGGCCUAUGCCUUCACUUUUGUUGGCCAGUAUAUGAGUCAAACCUACCAACGCAUCAGUGGAGACAUCAACGAGGGCGACUUCAGUGAACUGCCUGAGCUCCAUGCCCUGUCUGCGGGUCUGAAGGCAUUUACUACUUGGGAAACCAACUCUGCCAUUGAGGUGUGUCGCAUGUCAUGUGGUGGCCACGGCUACUCUCGCAGCAGCGCCCUGCCAGACAUUUAUGUCAAUUUCACCCCUACAUGCACCUACGAGGGAGAGAACACAGUCAUGAUGCUGCAGACUGCAAGAUACCUGGUGAAGAGCUACCAACGGGCCAUGGCAGGCCAGCAGCUGAGCGGCACUGUGUCAUACCUGAAUGAAGCAGAGCACCAGAGGGUCCAGCCUCAGCCCGUCGCUGCAAGGCCAACCGUGGUCGACAUAAACGACCUGGCUAGCCUGGUGGAGGUCUACAAACUACGAGCUGCCAUUCUAGUAGCACUGGCAGCUAAGAGCAUCCAGCAGGAGUUGCAGCGCAGGAAGAGCCCAGAAGAUGCCUGGAACAACAGUGCUAUUGACCUGGUCAGAGCCUCAGAUGCCCACUGUCACUACGUUGUAGUGAAGUUAUUUACUGACAAACUGGGCGAGAUUGGUGACACAGCCAUACACUCAGUGAUGUCAACCCUGGCUCUGCUCUACGCCCUGCAUGGCAUCACAAAGAACUCUGGAGACUUCCUACAGGCUGGACUGCUGAAUGUGCCCCAGGUGCUACAGAUUUCUAUUCGUAUCAAGGAGCUGCUGGCUCAGCUGAGGCCCAACGCUGUGGCACUGGUAGAUUCCUUUGACCUCCAUGACAAGAAGCUGAAUUCAGUCCUGGGACGAUAUGAUGGGAACGUCUAUGAUCACAUGUUCGAGUGGGCUCGCCGCUCACCCCUAAACGCCACAGAGGUCCAUGAAUCCUUCCACAAGUACCUGAAGCCCUUGCGGUCCAAACUGUGAGCUACACCUUGCACAUUGAGUCCUGGCUGUGACCCUUCAUCUGUGUGCAUACAGGCACAAAUGUCACAGUAUUAUAUCAACCCCAUGACGGUCUUCAUACCCCAUCAGCUGGUAUUUACCAGUCUGAAGGAAUUUAGCCUUCCCUACUUUAGUCUCUCAAUAUGUGGUAAGUUGAACACCACAAUCAGCCUCUUUAAAGCCUAUGCUCUCAGGUGAUGUGGAAAUCAGAGUUGGCUGCGAACAGGGGUUGGACGACCUAAAACAAUCCGAAGAAUCUUAUUAAUGAGGGGAAUGGAAACGAAACGAGGAAUGCAGAUUAUAUCUAGAAAUCUCUAAUAAAGUCAUUAUUUUGAGCCCCAAAAGUAGCUUUAAGAAUAAUGGAGUAAUCAAGUACUUUCAGUUUUAGUUUGUUUUCUGUAGAGAAAUUCGAUUGUAAAGCUGAUUAGUAUUUCACUUUCUGCUGAGUGCCUGAUGACUCCUCUGUGUGAGCCAGUCAAAAUGAAAAUUGCCAUUUUUUCUAACGAGAAGAGAAUGUUAUUAUGAAUGUUAGUGUUUUAUGUUGGGAACAGACAACAGCUAAAUCUGUUUUGGUUGUUUCCCCUGACUACAAGGACCAACGUGUUGUUAAAAGAUACUGUGCUGUUUGUUAUAAUUGUUAAGAGGCAUUCAUUCAUCUAUGACCUUUUAGCAAUUGCUGUUGGCUUUAAGAAAGUAUUGCACAGUGUGUUUUCUGUGACACCCCCCUCCCCACGCUUCAUAGUUGUGUAGUUUACAUUACAUAAGCAACUUAGCAAAUUAGAGCAGAGGUCCAACAGACACAUCAAGUGAAGAUAUACAAAUAUUUCACUGUGAAAUUAUAAGUAGAUAAAGCAUUUGCAUAUACAUUAAGUUUAGCUGUGCUUUAGAGCAGGAAGAUGUGUCAUUAUUACGCCUUAAGUGAUGAAACUAUUCCUCACAGCCUUAACUUAAUACUUCACUCAAAAUGACCAACCACUGUUUGUGGCUGUGGCUGGUCCCCUCCUUAAAUUCAUGCCAGUCACAAUGAUGAUCUAACUAAAAUGUUGUUAUAGGACAGAAAAACACCUGAACUCUUCUAGUUGCUCUAUCUCCGUCCCACCACCUGUCACAUAUCUUGCUUUAUUUGAACGAUCCACGUCACAGAUACUAAUAGUGUGUAGGUUACAUACUUAACUGUACACUGAUAGAAGCUGAGCUCAACAGAGAGCAGAGAGACACUGUUUGUGAGGCAAUCAUUUGGUGAUUUCAGGUGAUUUGUUCCAGAUUCUUUAUUUUCUGAGAAAAUUGGCUCACUCUUUUUUUUUCCCCUUUUUUUCAUCAUGUAUGGUGGUUCUCUGUUAAGGUUUGUUUGAUCAUUAGAAUGAAUGGUUACACUAUUAUGUGUGUCCACAUGUGUGCUGCAUAUGUGAAUUAGUGCCCUCCCUCCCUGCUGUGUGGGGUUGAGUUUAUUAUAUUAUAUUAUUUAUUUUUUUUUUUAUAUAUAUAUAUAUAUAUAUAUAUGAUAAAGAUGGGUCUAAAUUCUGGACAA